UUUAGUAAUUUAUUCUCUAGUGAUGAUGAUGAUUUCGAGUUUGAUACUUCAAUCUUGAUUUUUUUUUUCUCUUCGUUCUUUUUGGAAGAGGAAAAAGGUUUCUGUUUUGAUUUGGAUUGAACCAAUUGGGGAAAAUCAUGGAAGGUCAACAGGGACAAGAUCGAGGUUCUCCUGCUUCACUUUCAACUCUCCCCUUGCAUGAUGGUGAUGGUCCUUUACCUGAUAACCAAACAGAUCAGCCACGGUCGCCAAAAGAUGAAAGGAUUGCUUCUCCAAAUCCUUCUGUGAAUGCAGCCGUUGCAGGGUCUGGAAGGUUGGUUUCCAACCAAUCAGAAACCAGGAAUGCAAGCCGAGCUCCGACACCCGUCCAUACAUCAACUACUUACACCACUCCUGAACAAACUUACUUCUAUGGAGACUGUGCUUUCGAGCAGGAUAUAUUGGGUUAUGAUGAUGGCUCGGUUAAUUGGGGAGAAAACUCAAAUUAUGUUCAUCCUAAUAACUUGCAAAUGAUGCCUCCGGCGAUCUACAAUGAGAAUGGUUCGCUCUUAUUUCAUCCUGCUUAUGCGUAUGAUCCCCAGGUCGCAUACGGCCAGUUUUCGCCAUUUGCUAGUCCCGUAUCUCCGAUAAUGAUAGAUGGUCAGCUAUAUUCACCUCAUCAAGUCCCGAUGUCUCCAUCUUACUACUCACAGCCUGUUUCUCCGACCGAUCUUGCAACUCCGGCAAGCGGCAACCAAGAGGGUCUUGGUGACAAUGUGUUUUUGGGUGCAGGAUCAGGAUAUUAUCUACAUUAUCCGGGAAAUAAUGGUCUUGGAUUCUACCAAUUUUCUGGCGAUGGCAGCUCCAGUGAACCUGUGUCAAGCCAAUCAACACCAGUUGGCAUACUUGGGCCGUAUGAGCACAGUUUUGGACAGCAGCAGACACCAUAUCAUGGAUAUGAGUUAUCAGGUUCGACCACAAGACGCUACCCGCAAAGCGGUUCGUAUGAGGCUAGUCGGCUGAACCAUCAUGGGCAUGACAAAGAAGUCAAACAAAGGGACCGGGACUCGAUUAGCUUGACCGGUGAGUCACAUGCCACCACCAGUGAUAGGAACCGUGGACCAAGGGCAUCAAAGCCGAAGGGAAGUAGUUCAGUUGACCCUAUGUCAAAUAACCAUGCUUCUCGGUCUCAUCUUGACCUGUACAACCGGCCAGAUUUCGUUACAACCUAUGAAAAAGCCAAAUUCUUUGUAAUAAAAUCUUUUAGUGAAGACAAUGUUCAUAGAAGUAUCAAGUAUGGUGUUUGGGCAAGCACCCCACUUGGAAACCGAAAACUAGAUGCUGCUUAUCAAGAAGCUCAGGAAGCUGGAGGAAGUUAUCCGAUUUUCCUCUUCUUUUCGGUAAAUGCUAGUGGACAGUUUUGCGGUGUUGCAGAAAUGGUCGGACCUGUAGAUUUUGAGAACGAUGCAGAGUACUGGCAACAGGAUAGGUGGAGCGGCCAGUUCCGUGUCCAGUGGCACAUCAUCAAAGAUGUCCCAAAUAGUCGUUUCCGCCAUAUACUUCUUGAAAACAAUGACAACAAACCUGUCACUCAUAGCCGAGACUCACAAGAGGUGAAACUUGAAGAGGGUAUUGCAAUGUUGAAAAUCUUUAAGGAACAUGAUUCAGAAACAUCAAUCUUGGAUGAUUUUCAUUUCUACGAUGAACGAGAGAAGUGUUUACAGGAAAAGAAGGUGAAAAUGGAGCAAGCAAAAAACAAUGUUGAUGAUGGUUCUUCUUCUUCUAUAAAUGAGCUUUCUGAUAGAGUUGCAGAGUCCCUCCAGUUGGAAAAACAGUAAAGAAAGUAGGAUAUGCAUCAAACUGACAUGAUUGAGUUUUGGAGGUUGUUUUUAAGAUUUGCAGAAACUAGAGAUGAGAAAGUUUGGUUUUCUUUCUGACUUUUCUUUUUGGGUUUUAUUCACCCCUUUGUUGGCAGGUGGUGGUUGAGUUGAGGAGGUAUGUUUCCAUUGUAAUUUUGGAUCAUGUGGGUGGUUAUUGCCCAAACAAGUGUAAAAUUAUCAAUUAAAGGAAUAAUCAUAAUGGUCUUCUAUU